AUGUCAGAGAGUGAAUUCAGCUCAAAUGGAUCGGAGAAAGAUGAAGGUAAUGAUGAUUUUUCAUACCCAGAUCCAGAGUUAAAGAAAAAAGUCAAAAAAACUAAUACUGUUAUGCAUCCAAAAGAUAUUCUCAAGAGAACUGCUGAUAUUGCUGUUGGGGAAGGAAUAAGUUAUAGGCAGCAUGCUUCCAUGAUUAAUAGUAUAAUCGCUAAAUCGGGUGGAAAUGUAGCUGAAUUUAAAUCUUCAACCUCUACAGCAUUACGCGCUGCAGAUAAGGCCAUUCAUGAUGAAUCAAAUAGGAUCAAGGAUGAUUUAAGAAGUUUAAGAAAAAUCGAUAAGAACAUUUUAGUUCAACUCCAUUUUGAUGGAAAAGUAUGUCAUGAAUAUGCUGAUGGAAAAAAAUUGGAACAAGAUCGAUUAGCAAUAUUAAUAAACGCUAACAAGGAAACGCACCUGUUGGGAAUUCCACCCAUUUCUUCUGGAACUGGCGAAAAUCAAAAAAAUGCAAUCAGAGAUAUCUUAAAUUGCUUUAACCUUACAGACAAUAUACAAGCUGUAACAUUUGAUACUAGCAGAAUCAACGCUGGAAAAAAAAAUGGAGCUGUAUCUUUACUGGUAAAUGAAGUCUUUCAACGACCAGUUCUAUCUAUUGCAUGCCGACAUCAUGUCAAUGAGCUACACAUAACACAUUUCUGGAAAAAUUAUCAAAGUAGCAUUACUUCUGGACCAGAUAAUCUGCUGUUUAAAACUUUAAAAUCAGCAUGGAAUGAUCUUGAUGCAGACAACCAGGUUUUGAGAAGAUUGACUAUUCCAGAGGAAACAUGGCUUGGUCAUCAAAAGCAUGAAAGCAUAACGUUCUGCAGAAAUAUUAUCACCAGUGGGUCUCUAAAAAAGGAUGGGGCUACAAGGAAGGACUACAUUAAGCUGGCAGAGCUUACACUUAUGGUGCUUUCUGAGGACAGGUACAAAUUUCGUACUCCCGGAGCAGUCCACCAUGCCCGCUUUAUGGCAAAAGGUAUCUACUACCUAAAACUCCAACUUAUGAUGGAUGCUAUACCUAGUCUGGAAAAAUGGCUGAAGCAUGAAAUUACUGAAGUGGCAACUUUUGACUCUGUUUUCUAUACUACCUGGUUUCUCAAAGUUGAACUAUCCGCUGCUGCUCCGAAUCAGGAUAUGAGAGCGCUUUGGCAAAUGAAUAGGUUUAAGGAGUACAAUUUGAUUGGGGCAGAAUCAGUCAUUAAAUCUAUCAAACGCCACACAUGGUUUCUGGACCCUUACCUUAUUGUACUAGCUCUAGCUGAUGAAAAAUGUAAAGAAAGAGGUGAUAUUGCUCAAAAACUAUACAGCUAUGAAUUUCAUAGUAUGGAUGAAUAUCCGUUAGCCCGAAUAAGUGCUAACAUAGAGGUCCUCAAUUCUUUAGACUUCAGUGGACCGAAGCCUCCCAGCUUAGUUCAUUUGGUCACAUAAAAUUCGUGGCUAUUGUUCCUUAUG